AUGGGUAAAUGUGUUGUUACAGUGUGUCCUAGUCGUAGUGAAACUAGUUCCAUCUUAAAUAAACCAAUUUCCUUUUUCCAUUUUCCUAAAAAUCCAGUAAGAAAAGCACAGUGGGUCAAAACCAUCAAUAGAGAUCCUCAAUGGAUACCUGCCACAGGCAGUCGCAUUUGCUCGUUACAUUUUGACGAAAAAUAUGUUAUUCUUAAUACAAGAGGUUAUCGGCAUUUAAGUCCUGACGCUAUUCCAACAAUAAAUUUAACAAAACAGAUGUUUCAUGACAAAUCAACUCAAACAACAGAGGUAAUUUCUCCUUCACCAUUUAUUGUAGUAGGAUCUUCUCUACCCACCACAUCCCAAUCUUUUGAUGAAAAAAAUUCAUUAUUUUCGCCUGGUAAAGAUGUAAUUUUUACAAUCGGUGACCUUGAUACUCCGAGGGAAAAAAAACUGAAAUUCGAAAUAAAACGUCUUAAUUUUAUAUGUGAAAAACGGCGAAAAAUUGUAAAGAAAACACAGGAAAAAAAUAGAAGACUAACGAAAAAAGUGGAUAACCUUACUUCUUUGUUAAACGAUUUAAAAAAUAAAAGUUUACUCGAUAGUGACAAAAAUAUUAUUAAGUUGUUUUGA